UAAUUAGCAUCCCUAAGUAAAACUGUGGUAGCAAUAAUGUAAGAAAAACAAGUAAAAAUGGGGGCAACGAUAGUAAAAAAUGGAAAUUUAUUGGAUGCAUUGCCUACACAGGGAACAUUACACGUUGUAAUGCUGGGCUUGGAUUCUGCUGGGAAAACAACAGCAUUAUAUAGACUUAAGUUUGAUCAGUAUUUAAACACAGUACCCACUAUCGGAUUUAAUUGCGAGAAAGUGCAGGGUACCUUGGGCAAAGCGAAGGGAGUUCACUUUCUCGUUUGGGAUGUGGGCGGACAAGAGAAACUUCGGCCGCUUUGGCGAAGUUACACUCGCUGCACUGAUGGUAUUCUAUUCGUUGUGGAUUCGGUUGAUACGGAGCGCAUGGAAGAAGCAAAAAUGGAGUUAAUGCGUACAGCCAAAUGUCCGGAUAAUCAGGGUGUUCCUGUGCUGAUUUUGGCGAAUAAACAGGAUCUACCAAGUGCAUGCUGUCCCAAGCAACUUGAAAAUCUUUUAGGAUUACAUGAGCUACACUAUCCAAUAUCGAAUCUCUCAAGUACUUCCACCUCGACUUCAACUGGCAACAUUGCAGGUUUUGCCACAUCAAACCAAAGUUAUACAGAUUAUGGCAAAACUUCCCUAACUAAUGUAAAUAAGGACACUGAUAAUAGUCACGUAAGAAGUACAGAUUAUUUCCAGCUUGAUUCUGAAAGCACUUUCUCCCACGCGGAUUCUAAAUGCAAGGUCUCCAGUUCACCUGCCGCGUUGAGCAAUCCACAACAGCAACUCACACUUAAGCACACUAAUUUAAAUGUCAAAGGUUGGUACAUACAGCCGGCUUGUGCUAUAACUGGCGAGGGGCUACAAGAAGGUUUGGAUGCUUUAUACGACAUGAUUUUAAAGAGGCGAAAAAUUAAUAAGAAUCAUAAAAAGAAUAAACGGUAAUAUUGUUAUAAGCUGAUGAUCGUAAAACAUUAAGUCU